AUGGAUGACAAACAGGAAAAGGUUUUGAGCGAGAACUGGCGUGUACUCAGAAAAUGCCUAGAGCCAAAAAAGCUCUUACCUCACUUGGAGACAGUUUUAGACUACGAAGAUAAAGAGACAAUUAAAAACCAAACAAAUCGGACGGAUCAGAGCGACUUGCUGCUAGAUAUCCUACACAGGAGAGGACCAAGGGCAUUUGACUGCUUCGUGAAAGCGUUGCAAAAAGAAAAGACUCAGGAUUACUUAGCUCAUCUUUUAAAGAAGCAGAUAGGUAAUAACUCUAGCUCAUUGUCUUUAUUAUAGUUGCCACGGCAAUCUGGUGGUGGUCUAUAAGAGUGUAGACCAUGGAAAAUUGUGGUCGAUUUGUUUCCCCUGUACUUGAAUUAAUAUGUAAGGUCUUUCUUUCUGUAUGUUUUUGUAUUUCUUUUCUUUUCUUUUUUCUUAAGUAAUUUAAUAACGUCUUUAUUUAAAGUCUUGUCCUGCCUAGAUUAGCAUUAAAGUUAUUUGCAGGGCAUAAAGUAUUCUAAACUUUAUAUUUCUUUAAAUAAAUACAUUGUUGUUGUUUACAAAUAUAACAUUUAUUUUUCGCUAGUUGUUGCAAGGCGUCCUCCUCCAACUGCGCGAAGCGACGUUUUUCUGGUUGUUUUUCGUAUUUUUGCUCUACUUUGGCAGCUUCAUGCACCAGCUCACUCACAGAAAUUUCUCCCCAUAUGUUAAAAAUUGGUUCUUCUUUGUCCAUGUGGAGGAGUAAAAUUAUUUUUACAAAAAUAAAACAAAAACAAAACAACCGACACUGCGUGACAUGUUACGUAGUUGCCAUGGUCUAUACUCUCAUAGACUAUACCUCUCGACCAAUCAGCGCGCGAGGAUUCGCUCAGUUAUGGUAAAAAAACCUACGAACCAGAGCAAACGACUUGAAUGAUUUUUUUUAUUUCUUCUACAGAGAACAAGCGGCUCGAAAUCGAACAGGAAAAUUUGAAAAUCCAAACAGAACAACUAAAGACCAAAUUGCAGUCUUUUGAAGAGAACAAACGCUUACGUAAGUGGAAGAAAUCAGAAGCCGUUGAGCAGUUGACCCCUAAAACGUUUCACAACCAGAUGUGA